AUGGCGUCCCUCGCGCAGUUACUCCUGGGCGCUGUCGCUCUCUGCGCUUCCGGCGUCCUCGCUGCGCAUCCCGAAGAUGGCCUCCCUUCGUACCACUACGGCGCACCCAUCCACGUAGAGUGCAUGAACCGCAGCUCCGAAACAGGCGAACAUAUUGAAAACUCCAAUCACGAAAUUGAAUGGAUCCCCUUCCCCUCCUGCGAAGAAACCAACAAGCCCCUCGAGUUUCAAUACGGACAUGAAGGCGAAGUCAACUGCACCAUUCCCAUGGUCUCCGAUCCUUUCUUUCACCUCCUCGAGUUCUUCAUCCACAACGACGCACCUCUCGCCUGCCGUCUCCCAGCCCGACCCGCGCCUCACGUUGAGACCGUCGGCGAGAAGCCCUACGUGCAAGAAUACAUCCCUCUCGUCUUCGCCCUCGCCGGCACCCUCCAGCUGAGCCACCUGCACGUUAGCACGCACAUGAACGUGCUCCUGCACAGCAUGCCGAAGCACCACACCCGACCUCACGACUCGGGUGUCCUCGAUUCCGGAACGGCGUAUAGCACGAGCCCAUUGAGCCAUAUGGACGGGAUAUACACAAAGAGACUUGUGAUUGGUGAUCCCUUGCCGCUACGGUUGUCUGUUAGAUGGUUUCCGACGCCGAACCUGCCAAAGUCGGAGGGUCACGUCGAGUGGCAGGGUAUGGGCGGACACGUCUACGCGAGCACCGUCUUCUACAUCAUCACCUCCUUCAUGGCAGGCGUGCUCGUCGCGUCAACGUACUUUUUUGGAGUCGUCCUGCCCAAGAGGGUACGCGGAAGAGGCAUGGGCGGCGCGACGCCACUCGGUUACGGUCUCAACGGUCUCAACGGCGUUGGCAACGGUUGGGGCUACUCCAAAGCGGCCAAGAGGAUGGAUUGA